CAAUCCCUUCAAAGGGAUCGGAAAGUGCACGGGUUGCACUCGACGGUGGCUUACGGUCGCGUUGAAACGCCGCCAACAUCAUGGAGUCAAGAACCAACUCAGCCCUGUUCAAAAGGGCCGAGCAACUCAGAAGGUGGGAGGAAUCAGAGACAAACAAGGAACCUGCCUCUGCUCGUGUGGUUUCAAGGAGGAUCCAGUUCUCCGAUGGAUGUGUUUUCCUCUCUGCAUGUGCUGCUGGUGAUAAGGAGGAAGUACUUAAACUCAUUCGCCAGGGAGCUGACAUAGACACCCCCAACGUUGAUGGAUUGACUGCUCUCCAUCAGGCUUGCAUUGAUGACAAUUUAGACAUGGUGGAGUUUCUAGUGGAGCAUGGAGCGGAUAUCAAUCGUGGAGAUCAUGAAGGCUGGACUCCCCUGCAUGCAACAGCCUCCUGCGGUUUCUUAUCGAUUGCCAGGUACCUGAUUGAGCACAACUCAGAUGUUGCUGCCGUGAACAAUGAUGGUGAGCUCCCCAUUGACAUAGCUGAAACAGAAGCUAUGGAAGAAUUGCUCGAACGCGAGACACAGUUACGAGGUAUUGACUGCGACGCAGCUCGAAGCCAGGAAGAAAGACAAAUGCUUGCCGACACUAGUCGGUGGCUGGAAGGAGACCCAGCUUCAGCUCGGUUGCUCCAGCCGCACCCUCGCACCGGCGCCACUCCGCUCCACGUCGCGGCUGCCAAAGGGUACAUCCGUGUCAUGAGCAUGCUUGUACAGGGCGGAGGCGAGCUGAAUGUUCAAGAUAUUGACGGCUGGACGCCAUUACACGCUGCGUCACAUUGGGGCCAGCGUGAAGCUUGUCAACUUUUAUGCGAGAACAUGGCAGACAUGGAAGUCCGCAACUACGUGGGUCAGACGUGUUUCGAUGUGGCUGAUCCUGACAUUAUCCGGUUACUUGAGGAGUGUAAAAAGCGCCAGGCUAUCAUUUUGAGAGAACGGCCUGAAGUGUACAACAAUCGAGGCAAUGCUAGAAAUCAGUCACCGCCCAAGAGACGGUCUUCGGUCACCCGUACUCCUCAAAUAGAGAAAGCAGCAAUCCAGGCCUCAUCCAAAAUUACCGAUAAGGUCCCUGGUGCCGUCAUCAUGGUCGACGAGGAAAAAGAAAAUAGCAGCGUGGAAAUAUCCUCGUCAGUGGCACCCCUUGCCGUCCAGGAGUCCUUUGAGGAACGAGCCAAACCUGCCUUAACCACCCCAACUGCCACAACCACAUCCGUCCCGACAACAACGAAAGAUAAUUCUCCUAGAGUGACUUCUUCAAGUGGGCCACCGUCACGUCCACCACCUCCACCCGCCACCGAUGUGGACGCGUUGCCGUCCUCCCCGACGACGCAAUCGGGUCAGGUGAUCGAAACGGAAGAGGAUGUGCCUUCGUGGAGAAGACCUGGUUCGUUUCGGUCGCGACAAGCGGCCAACGCGGCCAACGGUAGUGGAACCACAACCCUCAACCACACUCCGGCCAAAGCGGAGAGGGAAGGACUGAACCGGUCCAUCUCACAGCCUUUACCGCCCGUAGCGGCCGUCACAUCUGCUCCUUCAACUGCCCCGUCUUCCACAACGUCCUCCAAUCUCGCCUCCACCGCCUCAUCCAUCUCCUCUUCCACAUCCGCCUUGUCCAGCGACACGGAAGUCACACUACGAAGAGCCCACAGUUUCGAAUCGGAUGAACGAUUUUAUUCGCGGCUGCUGGAACUGCGGCGACGGAUCAAGGCCAAUUCCUUGCCACUGCUGGCCGCCGCGUCGAUCACUCCGAUCAAGAGCGGCGGCAGUAGCGGCGGCGAGGACGUCACGGGUGGCGGCUCCACUAGCACUACUACUACUAACACUAUUCACUCAACCAAUAACCGCAGCCGAGAACAAACCGUUGACGACGACCUUGAAUCCCAAGAAGUCGUCCUACGGGUGAAAAGUCGGUUGGGAACAGAAUGUCCCGUCGAACAAACGACAACGGCCACAUUGGUCCUAUCGCAGCCCAGUGUGCCGUCAUCAGCCAAUCAGCCCAUACGCAGUCCGACGGCCAACAUGGUUGUGACCACGACAGCGACCUCAUCGCUCGCCAACGUCAAACUAAGUCCCGGGACGAUUAUCAAGAAUUUCUUCAAGUCAUUUGUUCCUCCUGUACGCGACGAAGAGUCAGAGACGCAACGGAAAGCCCACGCUAAACGCGUCCGCGAAACGAGACGUUCUACUCAAGGUGUUACGCUGGAAGAGGUCAAGACGGCCGAGCAGCUAGCCAAGAAAAAACAGGCCGAAACUCCUUCCGUACCUACGACGACGACGACGACGACCACCACCACCACCACCGAAGUGCCGGAAUCGGCCGAUUCGAAAUCGGAACUGGAACGACGACCAUCCUGGAGAUUAUGCAUCAACGAUAACAAUAAGAACAAGUUCUCAUUGGAAGAUUCACGGAGCAAGAACAAUGGUGGCGGCGGUGUGAAUGCCUCGUCGACUAUCACAACAACGGCCGAUACCGUCAUCACCAUCCCGCUGCGUCGCACCAAAGCCCAGGAAGAAGAAAUCAAGGAAACAACGAAAGAGAACGCAGCGGCCGCUACGCCGGCAACGAUCCAGCGGAGGCGCCGACCCAAACGACGCUCGACGGGUGUCGUUCAGAUCGACAUGGAGGAUUUCGACCCGUCCGGCAAAGACAACACCUCCUCAUCUCAGACUGGCGACAGCGAACCUCAUUCGGAUGAUUCAGAGUCGUUGUCGGAUCGAGGUAGCAGUUCACGUCAAGUCUCCCGACCGUCUUCACUCGGCUCGUCCAUCAGCGAUGUACGCGACGAUCCGCCGGCCGCCAACACUCAACCGUCGACGCCCAUCACGGCCCACCCCAUGGCCGCCGCAGCGGCCGCGGUCGCGUCAGGCGCCAUGACCCCCAAUGGCGACAUUGAUUACAAAAAAUUGUGGGAGGACAGCCAAGUGGAGAACGAACGGCUGCGCGAUCGAUUGCGGUCCACGCACGAAGAUCUGGCCAAAUGUAAAGAUCAACUGGACAACGCAUUUCAAGUGAGUAAUGCGCGCAACGCCAUGACCGAAGCGGAGAAGCGCGAACGUCGAGCCCUCGAGCGGAAACUCUCCGAGAUGGAAGAGGAGCUCAAACAAUUGCAAAAACUCAAGGCCGAAAAUGAGAAGCUGAAGGCGGAGAAUCGGGCCCUAACGCGGGUCGUUUCCAAAUUGACGGCCAACGCAACACUGGCGUCCUCUUCUUCCUCCUCCAACUCCUCCUCUUAUUAUUCUCCCUCCGCCAAUUCUGCGACUUCGUCUUCUUCUUCCUCUUCGUACAUCAGUGGAAAAUAGGAAUCCCACAAGAUGGUGGAGCUGCUCCGUUCGGACAUUGGCAAGAUGCGCGACGAGAACGGCGCCCUCAUCCGCGUCAUCAGCAAACUCUCCAAGUAAAAAAAAAACGCUAAAAAGAAAAAAGAAAGGCGAAA